GUACUGCCCAUUAGCCAAUCCACACGCUGGGAAAAAAAAGCUAACCCUGUAAACAGCAUCCAGCAAAUUAGCCAAACAUCCAUUUCGUUUACACGUUAACAGUAAAUAUUGACUCGGACAGUUAAAAUCUUUACGAAAUGGAUGCAGAAACCAAACCGAGAAAGCGAAACUACACAGAAGAGAAGUCUGCUUCAGAGCCUUCGGACGAUGACGACUACAUGCCAUAUGUUCCUGUUAAGUUGAGAAAACAACAGAUGCUGCAGAAAAUGAUGCGUUUGCGAGGGAAGGGUUUGACAGAGGAGGACCAGAAGGACAGCGGAGGAGAGCAGAAGGAUGAAGACGAGGGUCUCGGGCCACGCUCCAACGUCAGCCUGCUCGACCAGCACCAGCACCUGAAGGAGAAAGCAGAAGCCCGGAAGGAGUCGGCAAAGGAAAAGCAGCUGAAGGAGGAGGAGAAGAUUCUCGAAAGUGUGGCUGAGGGCCGAGCUUUAAUGUCGGUGAAGGAGAUGGCCAAAGGUAUCACCUAUGAAGACUCCAUUCGGACGAGCUGGAAAGCUCCUCGCUACAUACUGAACAUGCCUGUCAUGAGGCACGAACGGGUGAGGAAGAAGUACCACAUCCUGGUGGAGGGCGAUGGUAUCCCUCCGCCCAUAAAGAGCUUCAGAGAGAUGAAGUUUCCGCAGGCAAUUCUGAAAGGUCUCAAGAAGAAAGGAAUUGUGCAUCCGACGCCCAUCCAGAUCCAAGGAAUCCCGACGAUUCUUUCUGGCAGAGAUAUGAUUGGCAUUGCGUUCACGGGCUCUGGGAAGACUCUGGUGUUCACGUUGCCCCUCAUCAUGUUCUGUCUGGAGCAGGAAAAACGUUUGCCCUUCUGCAAGAGAGAGGGACCCUACGGACUCAUCAUCUGCCCUUCUAGGGAGCUGGCGAGGCAGACGCACGGUAUCAUCGAGUACUACUGCAAGCUCCUGGAAGACGAGAGCGCACCUCAGCUGCGCACUGCCCUCUGCAUCGGGGGCAUGUCUGUCAAAGAGCAGAUGGAGGUGGUCAAGCACGGCGUGCACAUGAUGGUAGCCACACCGGGCCGUCUGAUGGACCUGCUCAAUAAGAAGAUGGUGAGUCUGGAUAUCUGCCGCUACUUGGCUCUGGACGAGGCUGACAGGAUGAUCGAUAUGGGCUUUGAGGAGGACAUCAGGACCAUCUUCUCUUAUUUUAAGGGUCAGAGACAGACGCUGCUCUUCAGUGCCACAAUGCCCAAGAAGAUCCAGAACUUCGCCAAAAGCGCUCUCGUCAAACCCAUCACCAUCAACGUAGGCCGAGCCGGAGCAGCCAGCUUGGACGUCAUUCAGGAAGUAGAGUACGUCAAAGAGGAAGCAAAAAUGGUGUACCUUCUAGAGUGUUUACAGAAGACCGCACCUCCUGUGUUAAUAUUUGCUGAGAAGAAAGCAGACGUUGACGCCAUCCAUGAGUAUCUGCUCCUGAAAGGUGUGGAGGCCGUGGCGAUCCACGGAGGCAAAGACCAAGAGGAAAGAACAAAAGCCAUUGAGGCCUUCAAGGAGGGGAAGAAAGAUGUUUUGGUGGCCACUGAUGUGGCCUCGAAGGGUUUGGAUUUCCCUGCCAUUCAACAUGUAGUUAAUUACGACAUGCCUGAAGAGAUUGAGAACUAUGUCCACAGAAUUGGUCGAACAGGUCGAUCAGGCAAAACUGGAAUAGCCACGACGUUCAUCAACAAAGGAUGCGAGGAAUCGGUGUUGAUGGAUCUGAAGGCCUUGCUGGUCGAAGCCAAGCAGAAAGUUCCACCGGUUCUGCAGGUGCUCCAGCCAGGGGACGAAGCCAUGCUGGAUCUUGGAGGAGAGAGAGGCUGUGCGUUCUGCGGCGGUUUGGGUCAUCGUAUCACCGACUGUCCCAAGUUGGAGGCCAUGCAGACCAAGCAGGUUACCAACAUCAGCCGCAGGGACUGUCUGGCCAACAGCUCCAUGGACUUCUAAGGCUCUGGAUUUCCUCACUUUCUGGGUGAAAAGUCAUGUCUUUCUGCGUGUGGAACUGGACUGAUGCCAGGUGCUGGUCGGGAUAAAUGAAUAUCGCACGAAAGACCCAGGAAUUCCAAGUCAGCUGGACGUUAAUUGUGCCGUGACUGACUGGGUUUGUAAAAAAAAAUGUGCACGUUAAAUGUGUCUUGGCACAAACUUUACCUGACACUGUCCUACUGCUCGACAACCGCCGCCUUCCUGCUUGAACAUUUGACUGAGUGACUGGGAUCCAUGGAAUUCCGAGCUGCUUGGUGGAAAGAUUUCACUGAAAUAAUAAAAUUGUCAAGUUGCUAUAAAUGAAUAAAGCCAUUGCCUCUUGUCAGAGGAUAUAUUUGUACUGAAUUACAUUUUGGCAAACGAUUCAACAGGAGCUUGCGGGAGUUCAAAGUAAAACGUUUUUCAACAUGCUGUUCACAAUCGAAGUGGUGUGUGUGUUUUUUUUUUUUUGGGGGGGGGGGUCUGUUUUUAUUUAAACACACCCCAAUUAACCCGUUACAUUUAUUUUCCAAUUUUUUUUAAAUUUUUUAAAUUUCUAAUUCUUUUUCUGGCUUCAGUGAGGAAAGUAUUCAGGGCAAAAUGUCAUAUUUUUGAUAUUGUAACAUAACACUUAAGCAGUUUUCCUGCUUCAGAUACAAAAGGUCAUUAAAGUGAGUCUGAAAGUA